UGGUUGCAUGUUGCAGACCGAACGACAGGCGCACCAAAACUACAGUACCGAUAAAAGUAUGACGCAAUCGUUGACAAUGAAGAGGACAACAAACGGGUUUGAAUAAACAUGACAUGGCUAAUGGAACUAAAAACAUCAGACCUCUUGUCAUUGGGACUCGGUCAAAAUUCAAGUUUGGAGGUGGAAGACCUAAGCCAAUCCGUACCUUUGAUGAUUCUGACCUACCACGUGAGGGGGAUGGACAAUCUCGGCUGUCCCCUGGGGCAGAAGGACCUGAUAAGGAGGCAGCCUUGGUGCCACGAUCUGUACCAUCUCAUCUACUCAUGAUAUCUAUCCUAGAACAGCUCUGUGUGGCUUGUGCUAAGGAUGAGGCUAGGGGGAGGGAUCUCUUCAAGAUGAUCAGUGAACACCUGAUUAAGAUGAAUGUUUUCUCCCCAAUGACAGUGCUUGAUGAGAUGGGCAGUAUCAGGUCACAAUACAGAUGCUUUAUGCAAAAAGUGCUCAAAGCAGCCAUGAGAAAUCUCCCGGCUUUGCCAUCAGCAGGACACUUGGGUGAAGGUGAAGUCAGGUUAGAAACUCAACAUUACUCUCUACUGUCAUCUAAUGAACUGACACAGAUGCAGACAUCUCGCUACAAGUUGGAAUUUACGGAAAACUUUCGUAUUGGAAAAGGUGGAUUUGGUACUGUGUACCAGGCCACACACAAAUUGGAUGGCACUGCUUAUGCUAUAAAGAAAAUAAGAUUUAAACAUUCCAAACCAGAGAUAUGGCUGAAGGUUCUUAGGGAAGUGAAGGCUUUGGCAACUUUACGUCACUCUAACAUUGUGGGGUACAACAAUGCCUGGUUGGAGCAGCAAACCAGGGAGUCUGAUGGGUACAUCAAUAUGGAAGAGCCCUUCAGAGGUAUAGAUCCAAGUGUCAGUGAUGACAAUGAUGGCAGUGAUUCUGAAAACAGCAUAGUGUUCCUGCCCCACUCAGAAAAGUCAGUGGUACCUCCCAACAGGUAUAAAGUCGGAUCUCCUGGGAAAAUUACAGAGCUCAGUGACAGUAGUAGUACUGACGAUAGCAUUUCAAGCGACUCUUGUCAAGCUUGUGACAGACUUAGAGGAAAUCAGUCUAGCAAUGAUGGUUGUCAUAAGUUAUUUUCACUUCAAAGGCCAUUUUCUGGAAAUGUUUUCAAACAUACAUGCAAGAAAAAGGUUGCUGAAAAAACUAAUGAAGAUAUUCCUGAUAAUCUGUCUUUUACACAAAAGUCAGUUGCCAUAAGAAGUCAAUUUUCCCAUGAUGUAAGUGUCAUGCAUGAAAAAUCAGGCGUAAGCGUGUUCUGGAGUCAGGGCUUUGUGACCAGGAGAAGUCUAAGCUGUGAUCCUGCUAUCAAUGGAGAGAAAGUAAGCAGACAUUCACAGGAAGAGAGCUGUCAUUAUUCAGAAGAUACUAUUAAUUUUAAGAUGCGUGUCUGUCUGUUUAUACAAAUGGAGUUAUGUAGUGUGACCCUGGACCAAUGGAUCAGGAGGAGAAAUAGCUCGUGUACCUGUUUACAAGAUUUUAGAAAUGACUACUCUACACUGAACCUAAAGAUCUUUAAACAGAUUCUGAAAGGUGUGGAUUUCAUACAUUCCCAAGGACUUAUACAUAGAGAUCUCAAGCCGAAAAAUAUCUUUAUCAAUGAACCACUGAACCAUGUGAAGAUUGGCGACUUUGGUCUGGCAAAGGAUGAUCUAUUGUCCCCAUCAACUGAGAGUGUCUUCAUGACGCCUACACCAGAUUCCACCGAUGAUUUGAUGUGGAGUGACCAUACAUCUGGUGUUGGUACCACGACUUACGCCUCGCCAGAACAGCUUGAAGGCAAUAUUUAUAACAAUAAGUGUGAUAUCUACAGUCUUGGAGUACUGCUGUAUGAGAUAUGUAACAAGUUUGAUACAGGAAUGGAAAAGUCUCGUUUCCUUGGCUCUCUAAGGAAAGGUCAUUUGGAUGAGGAGUUUAUAGAAAGCUGUCCUUCUGAGGCUAUUGCUGUGGAGAAGAUGACAUCUAAAAUCCCUCACCACCGUCCAACAGCCAAGGAGCUUCUACAGAGUGAACUCUUCCUCACCAAAGACCAGGUUAUCGCUCAAAUGAAGAAAAUUGUAGAGGAAAAAGAUACAGAAAUCCUGCGACUAAAACGUCUCCUUGAUCAGAAAGAUCGCCAACUGAGGAGACUACAAGACGAGGCAAAUAAACCUUUACCUGACCUUAACUUUUCUUCAAAUCUUACCCUCUUGCCUCCAGGCCACCCGUUUUGAUGGAGGAACAAUUCAGACUUACCAAAAUUUAACUACAAAUUCAUUGAAAGUCAGGUUUCACAUGGCACCAAUGGUUGACCAGAACAUACACCAGACGUGCCUUCAGUCGUUGGAAAUUCUGUGAUUCAGUAUUUGAUGCAGAUUUUAUUUGUUGGAUAUAUUUAUCAGAAUCUCAGUCACUGUGUGUGGUAAUUCCUGUAUAAUUGUGUUGUUGUGAGUUAGGAAAAUGUUGAUGAUGAAAUAGUGUGAUUUAUUGGACACUUGUUUAUGUACUUUAUUAACUUCAUAACCUGCCGUAUGCCCAAUGAUAUCACUUUUGAUAAUGAGUGAACAGAUACAUGAUUAAUUAGAUGCUUUCAUUCCCAACCUUUUCUGUGAUUCCUUCAAUAAUACUUGAGUCUGGUGCGAAUGUCUAGAGUUUGUCAUUUUGUGUGUGUAAAAUUGAUUUUCCAAAUGUGAAACUCAUGAAAUUUCUAUUGGCGAUAUGAAAUUUGUGUGUAUAAAGUCCAUACCUCUAUGAAAUCCUUCAGAGAAUUAUUCUGUUAUUAAAUCCCGAGCCAAUUUGAGUUUAACUUCUUAUGGUCAGUUUGGUCCUUGAAACCUUAUUACCUUAAGUAAUGUUGUGUGAUACUAAUCAUUAAACAAAAUUCAUAUAGGGACCCUCUGAGAGCUGGAGAUUUAGGGCAAAAUAAGUCCCAUCAUAUGUUUCAGAAUUCCUUGUUUGUGAUUGUAGACACUCCAAUACUUCAGGAUAAUGUUGUUAAUGAUACCAUAUUGAUUGACAGUUUUCAUUUCUAAAUCACAAAAAUGAAAGUGCUUGAAUUUAUGUCUUUCUUUUGAAAUUUGUUUUGUUAUUAAUCUUUUGUAUUAAAUUGUAUUAAA